AUGACGGGACUGCCGGCGCUCUGUGUGUUUGCAGCCGUGUUCAACUACGUUUCUGCCUCGACGGAAGUCUGCACCAACACCCUCCUACCUGGAGCUAAAGGAGACCAAGGUGAGAUUGGUGACGAGGGAGAUCUGGGAAAACUGGGCAAGGAUGGACCACCAGGACCUCCAGGCGUGCCAGGAGAGACGGGCCUUGAUGGAGAGGGGGGCCACACAGGAAAGAUGGGGCCUAUUGGAGACAUGGGUGACAAAGGUGACACAGGUUUGGAAGGCCCUUCUGGUUUAAAAGGAAAACCAGGCACAACGUGUGACUGUGGCAGGUACAGGAAGGUGGUCGGACAGCUGGAUGUCAAUGUAGGCAAGCUGAGGAAUGCCGUCAAGUUUGUGAAGAGCGUCAUCUUGGGGCUGAAGGAAACAGAAGAGAGGUACUACCUGCUGGUCAAGGAGCCCAAGAGGUUCAGAGAGGCUUCAAUGAACUGCAAGCUAAGAGGAGGCACCCUGGCCAUGCCAAAAACCAGCAACACCAACCAUCUCAUGGCAGAGUAUGUCAGUCAGGCAGGACUGACGAGAGUUUAUGUCGGAGUGCAGGCUCAAAGCAAGGACACAGACGGAACAAGCAGCUAUGUUUAUGCAGACUCCAGCCCUCUGCAGGGGUUUGCAGCUUGGAGCCCAGAGGAGGAAUUAGGUUCCAGAGUGGCUCCCAGCACAAACUCCAGCUGCGUGGAGCUGCUCAGCACUGGAUCAUGGGGUCGUGUGGAGUGUGAAGCCUCCAUGUUUUUCAUCUGCGAGUUCCCAAAGAGCAGGAGAAGAGGAGGAGGAAGAGGGGCAUCUGCCGGGGCAUCAUCAUGA